GUAUCAACGUAUCAGCAGCCAGUCGCCGGCUGCCGGGCCACGACCUCGCAUCUCGUCCGGCUCUCGUUCAUCCCCCGAGGUCUCGCGACCACGUUUCUGGCACUCGACCGCCCACUCGAUCGAGUGCACCCGGCUCCGCGAUCGACCACUCGACUCGCGAGCUGUGUGCUCCGCGUAUCGCGCGUCGUUUCCCAUCGUUCGCGACGUCGAGCAUCGUACAGUGACGGGUCGGAAGUUUUUCCAAGGGAAGAUUUCUUGUGCCGGUAUCGCCGAUAGUGAGGCUUAAUCUCGGACCAGUGCGACGUGGGGAACACAGCCGGGAGUACCAGUAGAGGCUGCAUCUGUUUGUUUCAUCUUUUCAUCGACUCGGAGGAUGGCGGAUGGGUGACAGACGUGGGAUCCGUGAUCCAGCGCGGGUUAAAGCUGUUUUUCGGCAACGGGGGAACCAUGUGAGGUUUCGACCAUGAGGUGUGGCGGUCAGAGCGGUGUCUGGAUAGCAAGCGUGAUCAUACUGUCAAUUGGAUGCUGGGUUGGCAAAGUUGGGCCACGACCAGUCGAUGGCGAGACUGCACACCUGACGUCGCCGAGGGAAAGGUUGGAGACCGUGCGACAGGUUCUUUCCGAGGUGCCUUUGAUCGACGGGCACAAUGACCUACCCUGGAACAUUAGAAACUUCGUCCACAACCAGCUGGCUGAGUUCGACUUCGACAAGGAUCUACGACAGGUCGCGCCCUGGAGCAAGAGCGCGUGGAGUCAGACCGACCUGGUUAGACUUCGCCAGGGCAUGGUUGGGGGUCAGUUUUGGGCUGCCUACGUGCCGUGCGAGUCUCAGCAUCUCAACGCGGUCCAGCUGACUUUGGAGCAGGUGGACCUCAUUAAGAGGCUCAUAGAGAAGUACUCGCAACACAUGCAGUUUGCUGCAUCUUCAAGGGAGAUCCUGGAGGCUCAUGGAAGGGGCAGGAUAGCUUCCCUGAUCGGGGUGGAGGGUGGACAUAGCCUAGGAAGUAGUUUAGCCGUUUUAAGGACACUGUAUCACUUGGGUGUACGGUACCUCACGCUCACGCACACUUGUAACACACCAUGGGCGAAAAGUUCGUCGGUGGAGGACGGAAAUGAGGACAAAGGUGGUCUGACGGAGUUCGGUAAAGCUGUGGUCCAGGAAAUGAAUAGGCUCGGAAUGCUGAUAGACCUUAGUCACACAGCGAGGGCUACCAUGAGGGACGCUUUAAAGGCCAGCAGAGCGCCCCUCAUUUUUUCUCACUCCUCGGCCUUUGCCAUUUGCAACUCCUCGAGAAAUGUUCCCGACGACAUUCUAAAGCAGCUGGCUGCUAACGGUGGUCUGGUGAUGGUGACAUUUUAUAACUACUUCGUGAAAUGUGGCUCACAGGCAACCGUCUCCGACGUCGCCGAGCAUAUUUACUACAUUAGGAACCUAAUUGGCGUGGACCACAUCGGCGUGGGUGGCGACUUCGAUGGGAUCAACAAAACACCCCGAGGACUCGAGGAUGUCUCGAAGUAUCCAGAAUUGUUCGCCGAACUCCUCCGAAGUGGGAAAUGGAACGUGCUCGACUUAAAGAAAGUCGCCGGUCUGAAUUUGCUGAGGGUCCUCCGACAGGUGGAACGCGUGAGGGACGACAUGAGAACCGCCGGAGUAACGCCAUCGGAAGUGUACCUUCAAGAUUCAUCUGGCACAAACAAUAACUGUGCGCUCGACAUCAACUCCGUGCAGAGGGUCAUGGAAGUUUGAUCGUUCUAUCAGUUCCCUUCGACCCCCGAUGGCGUUGGAGAACUACUUCUUCGCGAUCUCCCUGCCGUCCUAUUCUCGACAACGGACAUAAUUACGUCGGGGGUCAGGGAAAUCCGUGCGCGAUCGGAAGGAGGAACCUUCCCCCGUCGCUUGAUCCUUGCGCACUCUGUCCCUAUUAGAUGCUCAAUCAGGAUAACGUUAAAAUGGAAAAACCUACCUCGAACGAAGUCACGCGAACACGGUACACGGCUUCGAAUUUCUCAUUUGCUCGACAGUAGGUUUUCAUUAUCCAAAGCGCAGGCAGAAUUAUUUUUUAACGAACCUUUAAUGAUGGACACAAAAUCCUUUAUUGAAUUCUCACCUAUUUCUUACGAGAACAGAGCUAAUAUCGGCCAAGCGAUACGAUCAAUCAUGCAUAGUUUAAGACACGAGCUCGAACGAAAGAAAACGAUUACGACAAUAUAGAGGUCCUUUCUAAACCGUGGCACUCUUGUAUUUUAAGAGAAAAGUAUUGUGUGUGAACCCGGCUGUGUAUCUUCCUACGUCUUCCCCCUCUCCUCUCAUUGCACCGAAGAAAACACGUGCACCUUAGCGUCGAAAAUCAAGGAAUCAAAGCUGAGCACCCAUUAUCGAGCGAAUCGUUAGUUUACCUGAAAAAAAAUCGUUGUAAUCGUUAAUAAAAAGAAAACGUUUCGGAAGGAAAACAUAUCGGAUUUGAUAAAGAGUGUAUGUGCAAACGACAGACUGUUGUUAGCGCUGUAGAGCAAAAAAAAAAAAAAAUUAAUCGACCGUGUAAGAGAACAAAUGCCUUUCGCGAGGUGUAAAAGCCCUCUGACAGGGCGAGGCUAAUAAUUAGGGCAUACUAUCGACUCUUCGUCGACUUGUGUCGACUUGUGUUUUUCAAGCCUCACCUGUGGACCCCCUAGAAUUAAAUUAUUAAUUGAAACAGAUAUACCUGUGGUUUGCAUUUUCUCAAUUUAAUAUUCAAAUUAAAUUUAUUUUUUUGUCGAUUUAAUUUUUUUUUUUAUAUAUAUGUUUAUUAAAGGAUUUACAAAAGUACAUAUGUACAAAAAUUGAUAAACGAAGAAUCCCAUUUCUGAAUUCAUUCUAGUAGCAUAUAACUAAAUUGUCGUACGACUGAAAGUCGAUGGUUAUGCACUCAAAAUUAGCCUGAGUCAGUUACUCACCGGGAACGAACAUCAAUGAUGUAAUUGAAACAUGUGUGCGCACAGGGAUGGGCAGAAUGUCCUAUAAUAAUGAUUUGAAUAACUACUGAUUUGUAUCCUGUUUGUAGUUAAAUGUUUAAAUAUAUUUUUCUUGUUUCAAUUUAGAUGUUUGUCAGACUCGUGUGUAUAUUGCAUUAGCGUGAUGAUCGACAAUUAAAUUUUAUAUAAAUAACCUUAUCAUACAUUUUGUAUAUAUUAUUAUAUCGAUGAAUUUGUAAGUUUCUAAAAAAUGUACAAUAUAUAUACAUUGUUUUAUAAUCAAAUUUGUAAAUAUCUCGAUAAACAAUUUUGAAAGUAUUCGUGACUCUGAAAAAUGUACAUUGACUUAAUUAAUUUAUUUACUUACAAACAUCUUGAAGAUCAUACCAUACUAAUACCAUGUACACAUGACCCGAAACAACAAUUUAUUUUGUAUUUAAACUGAAUAUGUAUGAAUAUUCUUUGUUAAUUGAAUACCGAAUAAUAAUGUAUUUGGUGUUCGUAAACACAACAAAAUAUAAUUUAAUAGCUAAUAGAAAUUUGAUAUUCAAUUGCCACAAAAUAUAGUACUUCGAGUUAUUCGUCAUUUAUUCUAAAAUAUGCAUAUACAGGGUGUCUACGUGUAAGUUCGGACAUACGCAGGGUGUCAAUUCUACAAGAAAUUUCCAACAAAAAAUUACUCUUACACAUUUUCUUUGCGUCGCAUUAUUCUCGAGAUAUUUUCACUGUUAAUAUUUUUUCUGUGUUUUUGACUUGACACUCUUUAAACGGCCAUAACUCCACCAAAUUACAGUGCAAACUUAAAAUUAAGUAUACCAUUCGAAAGAGCAGUAAAUUUCCCAUCUCCUGAUGGCAAACUAAAAUUUAUUACGUAGAUUUAACAAGUGAAAAAUUAGGUCAAACUGUACACUGUGAAAAUUUUAAAAAAUUUGACUUUUUCUGUAUUCGUUUUUCGGUUUCAAAGACGUAGUUGUUUGGCAGGCACUCUUCGGGAAAAACUUCCUCGAAGUCUCAGCUUUGGAAUGGUAUUGUAAAAAAAAAUUGUGCGGUGGUAUUUUAGGGAGAAAAUGACGUUUAAAUGCAGAAAAGCGUUCAAAAUGCUCGCCUCCUAAAUCAAAACUUAUCGUUUUUCCUGCCCCGAAAACAUUGAUUUUUUGCUUUGUGAAAUCAAUCGUGUUCCAAUCUCCAUAUCAUUUAUCGAUACACCGAGGUUGAUUUUGAUUAAAUAGUCUCUAGAAACGAAAAUUCUAUGGACACAUGUUCAAAAACAAUUAUUAUUCACCUCGCAAUCAGGCUCUACACACGGCUGGGAGAGAUCUGAGGUGUCAAAAAAUCAGUUCUUUUCUCAAUUGGGAAGGCUCGGGAGUGACACUAAAAAAUACAUCAAACUCGAUGUCAAGUUGAUUUUAAAGUGACAAGUCGAUUUUUGUUGAAAAAUAUCGAUUUUCACCUAAAAACCCACGUUUUAUCUGCAUUUAAACAUAAUUUUCUCCCUAAAAUACCACCGUACAAUUUCUUUUGACAAUACCAUUCAAAAGCUGAGGCUUCGAGGAAGUUUUUCCCGAAGAGUGCCUGCCAAACAACUACGUCUUUGAAACCGAAAAACGAAUACAGAAAAAGUCAAAUUUUUUAAAAUUUUCACAGUGUACAGUUUGACCUAAUUUUUCACUUGUUAAAUCUACGUAAUAAAUUUUGGUUUGCCAUCAGGAGAUGGGAAAUUUACUGCUCUUUCGAAUGGUAUAUUUAAUUUUAAGUUUGCACUGUAAUUUGGUGGAGUUGUGGCCGUUUAAAGAGUGUCAAGUCGAAGACACAGAAAAAAUAUUAACAGUGAAAAUAUCUCGAGAAUAAUGCGACGCAAAGAAAAUGUCUAAGAGUAAUUUUUUGUUGAAAAUUUCUUGUAGAAUUGACACCCUGCGUAUGUCCGAACUUACACGUAGACACCCUGUAUAUCUUUGAUACUUUUCCACUAAGAGAUAAUUCGAACUCAACCAUCCCUGUACGCGUGUUUCUCGAAUCGUUAUGCCGGGUGUAAUCUAUCACAUGUACGCACCCAAAUUUUCCUCAACAAAACGCAUCAUCUAAAGUCUUCGACGCGUCACCGGAAAUUGCUAGGAUUAAUACAUUCCAAACCGACGAUUCAGCCUAUGAAGUCAUGCACCAUACAAACUGCAAAACUGUUGAGUUGUUGGAAUAGUGUUGCAACAAUAUAUCGGUCUCGAAUGUGUUAAUCGAAACGGAAUAUUCUGGCGAAAAAUCAACUCGGCGAUUUCCGCGUGUACUCGUCUACCUAUCUGUGUCUCGUGUGCACUUAUUAAGUGAUCCGUGCGAGUUGAAACUUCGAAAAGAAUUAAUAAGUAUUACUACAAUGAAACGGGGAUGAAAGACGAAGCCAACUCGCAUGGAUUAUACCCGACUCCCAUGUACGGAGCGGGUAAGAAACUUUAGAAUAUCAACAAAUUCCGUUGUACCUUCGCAGCGGAUUCUAUGAAUAAAUGUUUCUAUUGUAUAC